AUGUCUUCCUCCGACUUCCAAUGUGGGCCUUUGCCCGAAGCAGGCAUUAUCGGACUUAGGAAUAACUUCCUCGAGGUUGUUUGCAUAUACGCAACUCUUGCUAUGGAGUCGACAUACAUUCUCGUAAAUCGAGGUCUCAAAGACUCGAGGCCACGCCAGGCAAUGUUGGCUGCCACUCUUAUUAUGUUCGCGGGAGCAGCUCUUGGGCGGCUUGCAAUUGCAGAGCUCCCCAUAGAAAGAAUCAAUUAUGGCGUGCUUGGAUCCUCUGGCCUGGGAACGCAAAGCUGGACCAAUCGUGGAGGGAACUCUCAGCGUGAGGCAGUACCUUCAUGGAAGUUUGGUCGGAACAAAUUCACUGGAAGGAUUGAUUUUACUCCUGCCGCUCUUGGCAACAAAUAUAUGUUCCACUUCUUCGGUGGCAUGCAAGGCUUGGUCUGUUUCAUUUUGCAUUACCGGAAAUCGAUCAGAGCAAAUAUCGACAGCGGCAAUGCCAGAACCAAGGUGGAAAAAGUAUUAAUCCUCCUUGUAGAAUCCGGGUUUCUCUAUUGCUUUGUAUGGAUGCUCUACAUAAUGAGCAUAUUCAACGUCUUUUCAACUUUAGGAGAGGACCUGAUUCAGAGCCUGAUCCCGUAUGUUACGGCUAUCUACCCCACCGUCAUUAUUCUGUUCGUCGCGCUCGAGAAGAGUCACGCAGAAACUAUGUUUGAGGGCAGUAUGGUUGACGGUUCAGUCCAUUUUGCCGCAGCACCUUCCCUUUCUUCUGCGCAGACAGGCACACACCAAGGGUCGAACAUCCAUAUUCGUUCCAGCGUUGCCUUUGUGAAUUCUGGCAUUGAGUCUCGUUUACAGCUCGACAUCGAAGAGACCGCGCGAAUGAAACAUGAUGCAGGGCCAAUUUGA